UUUUAUGUCAGCUCAGAUCAGAAAAGGAAAAAGUAUCUAACGUUUUCAAAAAGGAAAAAUGUUUUUAACGGGAAGCCUUUUUUUCGGGGCCAUUCGAACACUUGCCGGGGGAUCCAAUCGCCUGUUGCACCUUAAACGCCGGGAGGUUUAUUUGGAAUGUUUCCGCAUCCUGGGAGUGCACGAAUCUGCUGAUCAGAACACCGUACGACAUGCAUACCUGGAUCUGGUAAAGCGGGUGCACCCGGACUCUGGAACCGAGGAGGCCAGCGCCGAACGAUUCCAACAGGUGGACGAGGCUUUCAGAGUGCUGCAGGAGAAGUUCGCUAAGGGGCGACGUAAUAUCUCAGAGGAUGAGGAGGAAGCCAUGGAGUUUGACAUCAAACACACAGCUCCACAACACCGUCAGUAUCUGUCCAACGAGGGUAUCGGCGUGGGCACGCCCUUCCAGCGCCAAAAGCAAUACCAACAGGUGCGCGCCAUGAAGGCACAGGAAAGGGUCUUGGAACAUCGCAUCGACAAGGCCGCCGCAGGCGAGAAAACUCUAAUGUCUAAGGGCGGGAAUCACUUUCGCAAGCAUGCCAUCAAAACCAAGUACGGCAUCGAGCGCGUCGUAGAGGAUCUUAUCCAGGAGGCCAUGUCCAAGGGCGACUUUAAUAAUCUCGAUGGCUCUGGCAAGCCCCUCUCCACCCUUCAGUCGCAAAAUCCAUAUCUGGACUUUACCACCCACAAGCUGAACAAGAUAAUGCUGGACAAUGGAUUCACACCGGAGUGGAUCAGCCUCAGCAAGGACAUCCGCGAUGCUGCGGGUCAGCUCAAGCAGCAGCUGCGUCAGGAGCGCAUAUACUACGGAGAAUGGCCACUGCAGAGUCUCGAAGAGCUAGCUGCUUGGCAAAAGUUUCAUGAAAAGCACCAGGAAGAUAUCCAGCAGCUGAACAAGCUCAUCGACAAGUACAAUCUGAUUGUACCCGUCCUUCAAAACCAAUUCUUUCGGCUUCACUUGGACAGAAUGGCAGAGCCCAUAUUCAAUGAUCCGGAUUUGCAGCGUAAUGUCAAGCGGCCUUCGGUGGAUUCAAAGUCAAGUCAACAGGUGGAAACACAGGCCACUUCCGGUUCUAGCCUGUUUUCACUUUUUAGUCACUUCUUGUGAUGAGGAACCCAAUCGUGAUAUUAGUUUGUAGAUUCCCCAAAUUAGUAAUUGAUAAAGAGUAGUCCCAAAAUAGUAAAAAUGUAGGGUUGACCCCUUAAAAUAAUGCCAAAUAUUGUAAAUAAUUGAUAUUUAUAAAAAAUCAUGUGCAGUCUUAGCCAAAAUCUUUUUAUAACAAAAUGAGAAUGUCAAAAGAUAGUUAUACAUAAAUUCAUUCCUGUGAUGUCCGAUUUAACCCCUAUAGGGUUUGAAAG